AUGGCAGGCUGCUUGAGGCCCGUGCUACUGCUGCUACUACAGCUGGGGUCUGUGAGCUCAGCUGGAGAGAACCGCUGCGUGGACGCGGCCGAGGCGUGCACGGCGGACACGCGGUGCCAGCGACUGCGCACCGAGUACGUGGCACUGUGUCUGGGCCGGCCCGGCGGCGGCCUGAGAGACCAGGGACCCCGCUGCCUUCGCGCCUACGCAGGCCUCGUGGGUACCGCCAUCACCCCCAACUACUUGGACAACGCGAGCGCGCGCGUGGCGCCCUGGUGCGACUGCAGAGCCAGUGGAAACCGGCGGGAGGAGUGCGAAGCCUUCCGGGACCUCUUUACAAGGAACCAGUGCUUGGAUGGUGCCAUACAAGCCUUUGAGAGCCGGUGGUCUGGAAUCCUGCAAGUCCAGUUGGACUCUCAGCAGGAACCUGGACACAGCCUCCUGCAGGUGUCCUCUGCAGCUGGGCCCCUGGAGGGGAGCUCCCUGCUGUCCAUAUUCCCCGUCCUGGCUUUCCAGGCCCUGCUGUGAUAGAAUGGCAGACCUCGAACAGCACAGCCAGCUGCUUGCAUCACCCACUGGAAAGGGGCUGGUUUGCCCUCCCUGCUGCCCUUUGCAGGUCUGGCCACCUGGAUGCCUGUCCCUUGGAGCCAGGAUUAGAGCCUUGGAGCCAGGCUGCAAAGCCUCUGGUUUCCCAUUCGGUAGGGAUUUUGGUUGCAGUUCCCUUUCUUUGUAGACAAUUGGCAUCUCCCACAGGGUAGGACAAGAGUGGGUGGGCUUUGUAGCUGAGAUGUCACUGUUGCUGAAGUUCUGAGAGACCAUCUGGGUUCCUAGGAUUCUAGGAAACCUUAUCUGACCCCCAAGCAUAUAACACCUAGGGAAUGCAUCGGAAUGGACUUACAGGCAGGACUACCAUAGCAGUUCCUGCAGCCUUUCAGGGCGUCCUCACAGCUAGGUGUGACCCCUUGUGCUGCCAGGGGGACACCACCUGGAUGAGUGAGGAUCCAGUCCCUGUUCUGCCCUAUCUCAAAUUGGCUACAGGCCUGUUUUCCCCACAGUUUAUCCUCAGCACUGGGAAUGGUACACCACGCUCAAUAAACCCUUGUGCACUGAAGCUGACCUUGUUCUCAUGUCAUCUGCGUGGUGGGAGCUGGG